AUGCUUCAAACAGAAGCCAGUCACAAUAUGCUGGCAAACGUUUCAAAUGAGAUAUCCUUACCAAGAAACAUGACGCUCACAACUCAGAGCACAACUACUCAAAGACCACAAGAGGCAUAUCCCAAGGCACAGUCAAAUGAUAACGCGAAGACUGCUACCCUGCAGCCUCGAGCGCCAGUUCACAUGCCAGUAAGCAAGCUCUUUACGAUCCAUGGACGAACAGCGAUAUGCACUGGAGUAACAGGUGGCAUUGGAAUUGAGCUAUGUGUCGCGUUGGCCGAAGCGGGAGCAGAUAUUGUGUCCAUUCAACUUCCUAGGGACCCAGCUGGACCCCGCCUGCAAAAAAUGAUAACUGGACUUGGUCGGAGUUUCAAGUCCUUUGAAUGCGACAUUGCUGACUCCAGUUCACUACGGGCCUGCUUCAUUGAUAUUUGGGCUGCUGGUGUGCAGCCUGCCAUUCUCCUCAACGCUGCAGGCGUCAAUCAGCGAGGGGCUAUGGAAGACCUCACAGACGAUGACAUAGACAAGGUCUUCGCGAUAAACCUUAAGGCAAGCUUUGUGACCUGCCAAGAGUUCGCCAAGAAGUUAUUUGAGCUUGGAAGACCAGGAAAAAUAGUGAACAUUGGAUCUAUGACAUCGUUCAUAGGGAUGUUCAAUGUGUCGGCAUACGCAUCUUCUAAAGGAGGUGUGCUGCAAAUGACAAAAGCUUUCAGCAAUGAACUUGCCCCAAGGGGAAUACAAGUGAACUGCAUCUGUCCUGGGACACCAGCUAUGCGGUGGGGUGAACCAAAGGAUCUACGUGGCGCCUUAAUUUUCCUUGCAAGCCCAGCAAGCGACUUUGUAACAGGCGUUCCAAUUAUUGUUGAUGGUGGGAUGUUGGGGAAGUAG